AUGGCCACUCAGUAUCAGCUGCCGUUCCAGCUAGCCGACUCUAGUCUUGUACACUUUGACUCCUGUGUCGGUGACAAAUGGGUAGGAGCCAAGAGUGGUCAGCGGUUCGAGGUGCUUGACCCCGGCACCGACAAGGCCUGGGCCAGCUGCCCCGCCAACUCCGCCGAUGAUGUACCCGCCGCGGCGGAGACGGCGCACGCAGCAUUCGAACAGUAUCGCAAGGUCAACCCACGGCAACGCGCGAAAUGGCUACUGAAAUGGUACGAGCUGACCGUGGCGGCGCGCGACGAUCUCGCGCAGAUCAUCACCCACGAGACGGGGAAGCCGCUAGCCGAGGCGUACGGGGAGCUGGAGUACUCGCUGGGGUUCCUGUGGUGGUUUACGGGCGAGGCAGAGCGCAUCCACGGCAGUGUGUCGGUGCCGGCUGCGCCAAAUCGCCGCUUGUUCACUAUCAAGCAGCCGAUUGGAGUGGCUGCGGCGCUGGUGCCGUGGAAUUUCCCUGUCGCUAUGGUGCUGCGCAAAGUUGGCGCGGCGCUGGCGGCCGGGUGCACGAUAGUCGUCAAGCCGAGUCCCGAGACGCCUGUGUCGUCGCUUGUGCUUGCGGAGCUGGCGCAGCGUGCAGGGAUCCCGGCGGGCGUGUUUAACGUUCUUACGACGGACUUGGAGAACACGCCAGCGUUGAGUGAGGCGCUGUGCAAGCACCCGCUCGUCAAGAAAGUCACCUUCACGGGGUCUACUCGCGUCGGCAAGCUCGUGGCUACCCACUGUGCGCAGGGCCUGAAGAAGCUCACGCUGGAGCUGGGAGGGAACUGUCCGUUUAUCGUCUUUGACGACGCCAAUCUCGACCAAGCGCUCGACCAACUCAUGACUCUCAAGUGGCGCCAUGCCGGCCAGGCCUGCAUCACCGCCAAUCGAAUCUACGUACAAGCGGGGAUCUAUGACCGCUUUGCAGCUCUUCUCAAGGAGCGCACCGCUGCUAUCGUCGUGGGCCAUGGUGCCUCCGCGGGCACUACAAUGGGCCCGCUGACCACACCGCGCGGUAUCGACAAGGCCAGCGCCCAGGUGGAGGAUGCGCGCCGUCGAGGUGCUGAUGUACUCCUAGGUGGGAAACCGCUGACCUCGCGCCCGGGGUACUUCUUCGAACCGACCAUUCUCUCGGGGAUGACGGCCGACAUGCAGAUCUCGCACGAGGAGUCCUUUGCGCCCAUUGCGGCCUUGUACCGCUUCGAGACAGAAGACGAGGCAGUGCAAUUGGCUAAUGCCACCAGUAUGGGGCUGGCCAGCUAUGCAUUCACCAAAAACAUCGAUCGCAUGUGGCGCCUGCUGGAGAAUUUGGAGGCAGGGAUGAUCGGGAUGAACACGGGCAAUCAAUCGGCCGCAGAGGCCCCGUUUGGCGGCAUCAAGGAAUCGGGGUAUGGCAAGGAGAGCGGCAAGGAAGUGGCAGUCAACGAGUACUUGGUCACCAAAACGGGAACCUUGACGAUCGAGGGACAAUAUUAG